CGGCUGAAUGAGCUCAUUAGAAAAUCUGACUUCACUUUCCGAAAUACAGAAAAUUACAAGUGCUAUUUUGUCCACUUUUAAAACAAAAGUUUGAGAACGAAAGCGAUCGAGAAUGCCGAUAUAUUACAGUCUCAUUGCUCGAGACACUACUGUACUUGUAGACCACUCGGAGAAUACUGGCAAUUUCCCGGAAAUUGCUCAAACGAUACUCGCAAAAGUACCGAGAGAAGAUACGAAAUGCACUUACAUUUCGGGAAGGUAUAUACUGUUGCUUUACUUGUUUAUUUUGAAUAUUUAUAGUGUAGGUAGCGUUGAUUGUUUAACAAGGUUUCAUGAACGUUGCCCAAAGAUUUAAAGAACUGAAAAAUAUGGAGAAUAUUUUGACGUUUUCUAGUAUUAAAGAUAUCGCCAUAUAUACAAGGUUGAAAUGUGUCCUGUAUAUUUUUCAGUUAAUUCUUGAAUAUAUUUUGUAUUUGUUUUGGUCGUAAAUUUGGUUUGUACUAAUGUGCAAUUGUUUGUGAUUAAGUUGUCUUUAUAAAUAAUAAUAUGUGCUUUUUAAUAUAUUUUCAAUAUCUUAUUUUGUUUAUAAUUUACUGGACAUUUAAUUUUGACAGUGUUAUUUAUAAUGUGUUUAGUAUUAAUUGUGACAUUUAAUUGAGACUUUAUAAGUUAUUAAUAUUUUAUUGUUAUACCAAGCGAUGAUAUUUUGCCAAGUUGCCGACCAAAAAUAGAAAAGUGACUUUGAGUUUAAUUAGAAGUUGAUGGCUAGGAAUUAGCCAGCGUGGCCGGCUCUAUUGAAGGAGAGCCUGCCCGAAAGCCCUAGUCAAAUUGAUGACUCUCAGCAGCCAGCUGCCGAGAAUUGUGAUCGGCUGAAUUUACGUUGACGACAGUUUGAUUGACAUGUUACGCUAAUUUAUUCAAAUAUUUAAAAAUAAAUACAGUAAAAACAAACGGCAUCGCUAUAUUAAAGUGUAAACCUGUCGGCUAAAAUAUAAAAUUCAAAAGACAAAGUGUAAAAUGUAUAACAUAUACCGGUAUCUAAACAGAAUACGGCAAGCCAUACUGCUAUUACUGCAUAUGUUGUAUGAUUUUACCGUAUGGUCACUAUAGUAUAUAGAGUAUAAAACCUUGGCUGUCCUUGCCUUGUUUAUAUUUUGCUGGCUGGCAAAUUACGAUUAUAUAAAACAAUACAUUCCCCAUUGUGUUUAAUACACCAUAAUAAUAUGAAGCUCUCUUUGGAGCUUUUAAAAUACAUUUGCCUGCCAACGAGUAUAACACGGGAAGGGGUCUAUUUAAACUUUUCCUAAGUCAUUAUAUUUAAUACUGCAAUAUUUAUAACUGUAGUACAGCCAUACAGGUGCAAAGCAGAAUAUAAUUUUGAACGGUCUUCGUCUACUACUGGGCCUACUAAGGGCCUUCGCUCGAAAUGCCGACGUUUUGCUUGUAUUUCCAGGCAGUUGAAUCGCUAUCCAUCUAUUGUAAAAAGUUUAUUGAAAGCAUGUAGCGCAGGCUAUAGUAAAUAUGCAACAAUUAAAAUUUUAAGUCAUUAAUUUAUACAAAACUAUUUCGAGUGGGCGGUGUUAAUAUGGAAUAUUAACUAAGUGGGUGGCAUCAAUUUGACUAGGGCUUUCGGGCAGGCUCUACUUAUAAAAGAGCCGGCCACGCUGGCUAGCUAGGAAUAGGCAAAAAUUACGCCAAUUUACACCUUUCUUCCAGACUGGAAAGUUUGGAAAUUGUGCGCCGGAGAUUUACAAAAUUCAAUAGUAAAUAUAUGGAAAGCAUCAAAAUUGCGCACCGGAGAUAUCCGCCGUGCGAUACAAACUUUCCACACUGGCCUUUCUUCAGUAAUUGACUGGAUGAAAAAGUGUUUAUCGCUUGUGUCAGUUUGACAUUUUAGUAGCAUAUCAUGGAUUGUAAAAUAACUGGAUAGGAAACUUCCUGAUGUCAUUGACCUCAUCCCUGUUUAAAAACGUGCCGUCACUCAUAUUGUGAAUAUUGGGUCGUUCCAGAAAAGAUCCACACUCCCCCCCACGGAGGGAAUUUCUGUCGUCCGGAGGGGGAGACAAAAUUGUUUCUGACAGUAGUAAAUGUGUUGGGACAUCCGAAGGGGGUAGUGGGGUUAACUUCCAAUUUCCUCCGUGGGGGUAGUAUGGACAUUUUCUGGAAUGACCCAUUACCAAAGUUCUUGGCAUUUUUGUUGUUUUGCUAUAUUUUCCAUUAAAAAGGUGAUAUUGAAGCAUAAACUGGUCUAGAUAAUUGUUUUAAAAACAUGCCUAAGCCACAACAAAGUAUUCGAGGUAAACGUUUUUCGUCUUUGUUUUGUAUUUUUUUUACAUUUGUAGCUACAAAAUUGGCAUCACAAAUUUUAAAGAAAUUUGCGAUGUAUUUUUCACUGUUUAGUGCUUGAAAUAUUUGCUAAAAUUGACUGGGAAUUCUUGGAGAUUUCAUUGUAGAAUGGCAUAGUUAUAUUUAUUUGCUCUUUGACUAAAAUGUUUAGCUGUAUUAUUGCUAAACAUGCCGUUUUUUGAGAAUUUAGUUUGCAACUAGGUUUGAACAUCCAACCAUGCCAUCAGCCCAUUGAAAACAUUAGGUUAUGUCAGCUAGUUUCCUAUCCAUUUAUUUUAUUAUCCAUGGUAGCAUAUAAUUUGAUUCUCAUCACUACACAUUGAAAAUGGCAAAGUUCCUUUAUAUGCAAUUAAAUUUCCUGAAAGGUUUGAUUUGUUGGAAAUUGGCAGUUUAAAAUGGCACUAAAAACCCCAAUAUAAAAUAUAAAAAAACUUUACUGUCUUGAAAUCUUUUGUCGGACGGUACAUUUAUAUUGUAUAACGAGAGAUAUAAAUGGGGAUCUUAAAUUACAGUUGGUUAGUGAUGAGGAUCAAAGAAUUUAUUUUAUGUGGCCUUCAAUGAAUACUUUGUCAAGAAAUGCUGAAAAUAUUACAGCAUACAUUCUGCUUAUCAUCUGGCAUAAUUAGACAGAGUAAAAUUAAUGGUAUAUAGUGAUUGCAUUAGCAGGCUGUUUUUAAUGUAACAAGACACGGGUAGCAUUUUCUCUUUGAUGAGUAAAAUUGUCUAGGGUUGGACAGAGUAAAAUAUAAUAUUAAAGUAGGGCACAAUAUUUUGGAUUCAGGAUAUGAAACCAGAAUUGCAUAAUAUUUUUUGUCAGGCCUUGUCAUUAGCAUGGCUCGUGAAUAUUAUUUAGGGCCUGCAAGCGAAAUUCAUAACUUUACAAUGUCAAAUUAUUGUCCAUUUAAAAAUGCAUUGUAUUUUAGGUUUUGUGAAGUAAAUAUUGUUAAAAUAUCUGGAUUUUAUGUCUGUUAGUCACGUUUUGCUUUGUGCAUAUCAAUAUUGCCUGUGUAUUAGACAGUAAAAUAGUAUCAAAGACUAAUAAUUUAUUUUAUAUCAUCUGAAAUGCAGUGAGUCUGUAUGUGCACUACUUUAUUAUUUUACCGUAAACCUCCGACUAUAAGCCCUGGGCUUACUUGUACUUUUGUAAAUGAUUUUCGAUGGGCUGAUACAAGGGUGGGCUUAUAUAUGGGGGGGGGCUUAUACAUGGACGAUCUUUUGUGUUGGUAAUAAACAAGUCAGACAUAAACAAGUCAGUCAUAAACAGGAAAAUAAACAUGUAUUAAUAACAUAGUGGGCUAUAAAGACAAUGACAAUGGUUUUAAAUAUUGUCAUCUGUUCAAAAACAGUUCUCUGCUAUUAAAAGACCAUGUCAAUGUUCGUAGUGGGCUACUGGGCUAAUAUAUUUGGGGGACUUAUAUUUGGGAGGGGGCCUUAUAUUCAGGUUACUUAGCUUAUAUUUGGAAUGAGGUGAGCGUUAGUAUAUGUGGUGGGCUUAUAUUUGGGGGGCUUAUAGUCUGAGGUUUACGGUACUCUGUCUAACGGAUGAUUCAUUUGUCAGGAGAGAGUGCUGCCACUCAAAGGGUUAUUAACUGGGUAAUGUAUGAGCCCUACUUUAUUAUUUUUCUCUGUCUAACGCCAGACGUUUUUACUGAGGGCCCCCUAUACUUUUUGUGUGAAGCAUGAAGGGCUUAUUUUACUUAGCCGUGAAACGUGAUCGAUGAUUUUCUUAAUCUGUGACUCGUGAAAAGGCAAAAUAGUUUUACGUGAAAGCAUAUUAUGAAGAGGUAUAGGGGGCCCUCUUUACUGGUCAGGGGGAGAGUGCUGCUACUCAAUGGGUUAAGCAAGAGCAUAUCUUGAUUUAUUUCUGCUAUUUUUUGGGAACUAUGUUUUGCUAAAGUUACUGUCUAGAACUUUGCAAAUCGCUCAGAGUAAAGUUGCAAAUCGCUCAGAGCAAUCUGCCUAUUAAAAUUGCAAUAUUUUGGGACAAUGCUGCAAUGUUGCUUGCAAGGGGAUACCCGGUUUGACUUUGGAGUCAGACAACCAUUAUUUCUCUGUGUGUUUUUCUAACAAAAUGUUUGUGUUAAAUAUUUUAGCUACCACUUUCAUGUAAUGGCAGAAGAGAAUCUUGUGUAUAUAUGUAUGACAGAUGAAAGAAUGGGGAAAAGAGUACCUUACAUGUUCUUAGAGGAGGUAUGUAAUGGAUUGCUGUGA